AUGGAUGUAACGGAUCCUCGUACACGGCACAAAGUCUCACUGAAUCCUGUGACAAUUGGCCAAAAACCCACAGUCCUCCCUCAGCUCCUGCUUUCUGACAUGCUGCUGGUGCUGGCACUUCACGCCGGCAAGACAUAUCUAUUUCACGCCGACGCAGGUGUUUUCUGGGUGCUCGUACGAAUACUGGCAUGUGGCGCUGUAGGAAUGAUUGCAUGGGCGGUCAGUGGGGGCCACUUGCGAAAGAAACGGACGAUCGAGUGGUCUGUUCUGGGCAUGUCAUCGCUGCUGUUGUUCUUAAGACAGGCAGGUCUGGCUACGGCACUUUACAGGCUACCGUCGACAAGGGUCAUCGUAAUCACCCACUUCUCUGUGAUGUGGCUGAAGUCAGUACUAACGCCGAAAUCGUUGUUGCAAACCUGUGCCGUUGCAUUUGCUCUUCUAGUUGCUUUUCUGUCGGAUGCCAACUUCUCCACCGAAAACUUCCGUGAGAUUCUUCCUGCGUAUGGUGGCUUAGCUUUGGAGGCAGUAGCGUUUAGUGCUCUUGACCAUACACAAGGCGUCCUCCUGCCGUCCCUUGGCGAGCCAUUAACAGUCGCCAUGAGUACCUUGGGUGCAUUCUCCUUCAGCCUUCCUCUGUAUAUGUUAAGACAUGUCAUGAGUGAAGUCCCGAUACAUUCACCGAUCUCCUUGACAGCGCUGUCCGUCUUCCCUUUCCUCGCAUAUGUACUGCUGUAUCAAGCUCCCAAGGCCGCGCGUGCUGCCAAGUCCCCGGCAUUUCCUGCCCAGUACUUCCUGCUCUCGUAUGCGCUGACGCUUUUCGCCUCUGUCACGUUUGGUCUCCUGGUGUUUGGUCGAUAUCCUCGUCCGUCUGACUUCUUGAUCGCGUCGCUGCUGCUUUAUGGCGUAUACCCUCGGAUAUCCGACCCGAUCGCUCCCUCCCCUUAUGCUACCAGCUCGCGUGUGAUCCGUGCCUACCUCAAGUCCAUUCUCUCUAAUCCGGAGUCGCGCAAAAUCUUCUACUUUCUCAUGCUGAACAUGUGCUAUAUGCUGGUCCAGAUGAUGUACGGUGUAUGGACAAAUAGUCUGGGACUGAUAUCGGACGCAAUCCAUAUGGCCUUUGAUUGUAUGGCCAUUGGCGUGGGCCUCAUUGCAUCUGUGAUGGCAAGAUGGCCACCGAACGAAAGAUUCACCUAUGGAUACGGACGCAUUGAGACACUGUCUGGGUUCGCGAACGGUAUCUUCCUCAUCUUGAUUUCGCUCUUCAUCGUCUUCGAAGCCAUCCAGCGACUAUUGGAUCCGCCAGAGAUGAACACUAGUCAGCUGUUGCUUGUCAGUUCGUUGGGACUGGCGGUCAACUUAUUCGGCAUGUUCGCAAUGGGCGGGCAUCAUCACCACGGCGGACACUCUCACUCUCAUUCGCAUUCGCAUGGUCAUGAUAAUAGCGACGGCCACGCAGAGCCCACCUCAUCGCCGACACCAGACCACGGCCACAGUCAUGAUCAUCAUGACCACGCCCAUGGCGAUGUGCAUUCCCAUUCGCACACGCACGCACACGAGGAAUCACAUUUGCACUCGGGUUCCCCGCCUGAAUCGCCCCCCAUUCCCGCUCAUCAUGCGCAUUCACACACCAUGGACCCGAUCAUCAACGUCAGCGGGAUGGAGCCUGGCUCUCCCACCUCGCCCCACCCGCACUUCACACGACAUGCCGUCCACCACAGCUUGAGCGAGAAUGAGCUACUCGUCAGCAACUCCCCGGGAACGCACGCUGACAGUCCGAUCACGCCGCACUACUCAUUCGAGCACGACACGCACUACGAGACGCACCAUUCGUCCGCGCACGAGCCGAAUUUGCAUGACCAUUCGCAUGUGCACGAGCAUCACGAGCAUGAGGGACACAGCCACAACAUGCGCGGUGUGUUUUUGCACGUCAUGGCGGACACGCUCGGGUCCGUCGGAGUUAUCAUCUCCACACUGUUGAUCCAGUGGUAUGGCUGGACGGGCUUCGACCCCAUCGCUUCUCUCUUCAUCGCAGUGCUCAUCGCCGCGAGCGUCAUUCCGCUCGUCAUCGACACGGGAAAGGUUCUCGCGCUCGACGUUUCUGAUCGGGAAACACGCAUCAGGGACACGCUCUCGGAGCUGUCAUCUAUCAAAGGCCUGGCAUCUUACACGUCACCGCGUUUCUGGCCCAAGGACGAUAACAGCAUCAUCGGCAGCAUCCACGUCCAACUCGCACCCUCGCCGUCCUCCUACGACCCUACGGGCCCUCACUCGACCCGGCGCACAACGUACGCGAACAUCGACCACGUAGUGGAGCGUGUUGACAAGCUGCUUCGGAGCCGGAUUACCGGGCUUGAGGAGCUCACCAUCCAAGUUGAAGAGUCAUCGUUCUCCCGCCCAUGA